GUAUCCUAAUCACGUAAUCAGUGCUCUUGACAGCUAUUUUCCCCAAUUAAUCCUGGCCCAUGUGACAACUGAAAACACACACCCGAUAAUGUCAGACACGCACCUGCCGAAAACACCUUGAGAAUUUAACUCUCCUACGUGGAGACAGUGAACUUUUUGGAGAGACUCAAUCCUAACUCUUUUUUUUACUUUUAUUUUUUUCUACUUAAUUAGCAUUUCAUUCACGUUUCCCCUGUAACUUAGGGAAGGUGGGCUAAUAAGCUGCAGCCUGCAUGCGGAACAUUUGAUCUCGAACUUUGGACUUCCUUACAGAAACGCGUCACUCCUUACCCAUUCACUUGAGAAAUAAUUACUACCGUUGCGGCCCCUGCACUGAACCGACAAGGCGCUUGGAUAAAUUAUCAUUUCCUUUUCCUCCACGGAAGAAAACUCCAUGUGCCUUAGCCACUAGAGGGAGAAAAAGAAGGCGAAACGCCGAGAGAGCAGCCGAGAUCCAAUAGACCGUAUUUUUUCCUGAAGACCUGUAAUUUACCUUAGACUAGAAGUAGCGUCGGCUACUCUGUAAAGGAAGUGGUCGCUAUACUGAACAGUACGUUUUUGCUGCAUUUUCAAAGUUUUGGGGAAAAGGUCAUGUCUGAUGAAAAUUAAGGAAAAAUAUUUUUGAUCUUAAGGUGUGGACUCUGUUUAUUUCAUAAUGAAGAGCCUGAUGCAAACCCUUGAGGGUCUAUAUGCUCCAAUCAAAACUCCACCAAUGCCCUGUGAUCUCUGCCUACAGAAAUCUUAAAGUGCUAAAUAAAAAUAAAAAAUAAAAAAAUAUAUAAAAAGUUUUUUUUUUUUAAAAGGUAUACAUAUAGUUGAAGGAAACUGAAAAAUAGCCAAGUCAUGGAUGAUUCCAACAGCAGUAGCUUGGCGGCGGCCGUGGCAUGCACGGUGAGCCUGGACCCCCUCUCCAAGAGCGCCCCGGACCCCUUCAUGGGCAAUUACGACGCGGACUACGAGGUGGCGCCGGACGAGCUGCCGGACACCACGCAGGGGCGCGCCUUUUUCGUGGCCACCAUCGUGAUCGGCGUGGUCCUCAUCUGCAUCAUCCUGGUCUGCGGCGUGGGCAACUUCCUGUUCAUCGCCACCCUGGCGCGCUACAAGAAGCUGAGGAACCUCACCAACCUCCUCAUCGCCAACCUGGCCAUCUCGGACUUCCUGGUGGCCAUCGUGUGCUGCCCCUUCCUGGUGGAUUACUACGUGGUGAAGCAGCUGUCCUGGGACCACGGGCUGGUGCUGUGCGCCUCCAUAAACUACCUCAGGACCGUGUCCCUGUACGUGUCCACCAAUGCGCUGCUGGCCAUCGCUGUCGACAGGUACAUGGCCAUAGUCCAUCCUCUGAGGCCGCGCAUGAAGUACCAGACGGCCUACUGCCUGAUCACGGGGGUGUGGAUCGUACCCGUCCUCAUCUCCAUCCCCUCGGCCUACUUCGCCUCGGAGACCAUGUACCCGCACGGCCCCACCCGCAGCAAGAUCUUCUGCGCCCAGAUCUGGCCCGUGGACCAGCAGCUCUACUACCGCUCCUACUUCCUGUUCGUCUUCGGCGUGGAGUUCGUGGGGCCCGUGCUGACCAUGGCGCUGUGCUACGCCCGGAUCUCGCGGGAGCUGUGGUUCAAGAGCGUGCCGGGCUUCCAGACGGAGCAGAUCCGGAAGCGGCUGCGCUGCCGGAGGAAGACCGUGAUGGUGCUCAUCGGCAUCCUCACCGCCUACUUCCUGUGCUGGGCGCCGUACUACGGCUUCGCCAUCCUGCGCGACUUCCACCCCACCGUCAUCUCCCGCCAGCGGCACUCGCUGGUGGCCUUCUACAUCGUGGAGUGCAUCGCCAUGAGCAACAGCAUGAUCAACACGCUGUGCUUCGUCAGCGUCAAGAACAACACCGUCAAGCACCUGCGCAAGAUCGUCCUGCUCCGCUGGCGGUCCAGCUACGCCCCGCCCGGCAAGGCCGCGGACGAGGCCGAGGGCCGGACGUCCUCCAUGCGGGUGACGGAAGAGGUGGACUGCAUACGUCUGCGGUAG